AUGGAACAGAAAAAUUACAGCAGGGUUAAAGAAUUUGUCUUUGAAGGACUGACCCAGUCCCAAGAGCUGAGUUUGGUCUUGUUUCUUUUCUUGUUCUUAGUCUACACAGCAACUGUGCUGGGAAACCUCCUCAUCAUGGUCACUGUGACCUGGGAAUCCUGCCUCCACACCCCCAUGUACUUCCUGCUUCGCAACCUCUCGAUCUUGGACAUCUGUUUCUCCUCCAUCACAGCUCCAAAGGUCCUAGUGGACCUUCUUUCAAUAAGAAAGGCCAUCUCCUUCAAUGGCUGCUUCACCCAGAUGUUUUUCUUUCACCUGCUUGGUGGGGCAGACAUUUUCUCUCUCUCUGUGAUGGCAUUUGAUCGUUACAUGGCCAUCUCCAAGCCACUGCACUAUGUGACCAUCAUGAGUAAGGGGCGGUGCACUGCCCUCAUCGUGGCUUCCUGGAUGGGGGGCUUUGUUCACUCCAUUGUACAGAUUUCUCUCUUACUCCCACUCCCCUUCUGUGGACCCAAUGUUGUUGAUGGUUUCUACUGCGAUGUACCACAGGUUCUCAAACUCGCCUGUACCAACACCUUUGCUCUUGAAGUCUUAAUGAUUUCUAACAAUGGCUUGAUCUCUACCCUGUGGUUUGUCUUCCUUCUGGUGUCCUACACAGUCAUCAUGACAAUGCUGAGGUCACACACAGGAGAGGGCAGAAGGAAAGCCAUCUCCACUUGCACCUCCCACAUCACUGUGGUCACCAUGCACUUUGUGCCCUGCAUCUAUGUCUAUGCCCGGCCUUUCACUGCCCUCCCCAUGGACAGAGCUGUCUCCAUCACCUUCACUGUCAUCAUCCCUGUCCUAAACCCAAUGAUCUACACCCUGCGGAACCAGGAGAUGAAGUCAGCCAUGAAGAAACUCAGGAAAAGACUGGGAACCUCUGCAAAGGACUAG